CCCAGCCGGGAGGGGCGAGCCGAGGGAGGCGGGGCGGGAAGGCAGAGGUGUCUCCUCCACCCGAGCGGCGGGAGACCCGAGCGAGCCCGGUGACAGCUCGUCGGCCGCCAUGUCAGCGAGAGGGGCUGGGAACAGCCCGGGCGCCCAGCGGUGGACCCCCUUUCGCCUCUGAUUCCCAGGGCAUAAUGACAAGAAUGUGGCCUCAAGAUCAGAACUCGUUCAAAUUUCAUGCCUCAACGUGCGAGCCGAGUGAGUUGACAAGAUACGAUACUUGUCUCUGCAAUGGGUACAAUGGGGCUAAAACCAUCUGUCUGCUAAGGAACCGUGAGGAUUGAAUGAAAGCAUUGAUCGGAAGAGUUUCACUCAGGGCCUCGCACGACACUCAGCGAAGCCGUGAAUAUGAUCUGUAAUGUAUACCCACCAAGAGCCUUAACCACUAAUUUCUCGAUAUCUGAAUCAUCGCAAACAGGGUGUGCAGGUCAGACGCUUCAGCAUUCCAGGAACGAAAUCAGAUACCCCGUCACAAAGCAGUGCUUCCCAGCAUCCCAAACGGUGCUGGUAGCCUGAGUCCCUCAUCAAGAACCUAAGUGUUCCUGGGAGGACAGGAAAGCGCCGUUUCUGAACCCGCCGUGGGGCAGAGGCUGAGACCUGUGCAACCUGCGCGAGUGACCUCCAGUGCUGAAUGCCAACCUGGAGAGUCUGUGCAAGUAAUGACAGCCCACUUUCAUUCAGCAUUUACUGGGGGCCGGGCACCCUGCUAAGUGCUCUACCUGCCGUGUUGUGUGAGCCUCAAAACGACACUUCAGGGCAGGCUUUAAAAUUCUCCUCUCUAAUGAGAAAAGUGAAGCUUGGAGGUGCUAGGUAACGAGGUCACACCGUUGUUAAGGGCAGAGCCAGAAUUUGAGCCUCAGCCUGCCGCUGCUCUCAGCCAUCACGCUCAGUGCACCAGGGGCAGCACAGGAAGUCCUGGUUUCAGACCCAGUUCCACUUCUCUCCAGGAACAUGAUCUGAAGUGAGGGGUUGUUGCCUCUCGGGCCUCAGAGUCUCCACCUGGAGCCCAGAGGGAAUGCGGCCCAAUAACGGGCUUAUUCGGAGGAUUGGGACGAAGGCACGUGAAGUACCUGGCACAGUCUCUAACGCACAGAAGUGACUCAAUACGACAGGAUGGCUACUAUUUGGGGCUCUCUAGACGGUUUUCUACUUCCCACUGUUCCCCUUAGCCUGUGACUUCCGUGUCACUUGCAGACAUGGAAGGACUUUAAUGAAACUCACAGGACUCAACAAAAGAUGCUCUAAUGGAUGACAGUGAACCGCCUGCAGGUAAACUUCAGAUAGAACCACAAGAUGGGCGUCAUCCUGGUGGCGGUGUGGGAAGUGUAGGGUCCCGCUUGCCUUCUGCAUCGGACGAAAAUGAAAAUCGACUUGACGGGUGUGGGCAUGACCGCCUGACCAGCAGUGACGGUGCCAUGGGCAACCCUGCAGCGUCCGAGCAGGACAGCCUCAACAACAACGCGGGCUGCACACCCAGCUGUGAGGCGGCCGCCAGUGAGACCUCAGAACACACUGCUCACGAAGGCCCCAAGGAUGGACAGGACUUCUCGGGAAAGGACGAAAGCAUACCUGGAAAGAGAAGCCCAAGAACCAAGACAGGCACGGCCAGGAAGGUCCCACCAGGACUUUCCUCGGGGGAUUCCACACCUUUAAUGCAAGAAGACGUGCUAAGUGCAGACGCACCAUGUGCUGUUGGUGAGGAAGAGUUAGCCGAAGGCAAUGCUAAUGACCAACCAGAAGCCCCGACACUGGCUUUGCAGUCUCUGUUCUCACUGAUCCGUGGUGAGAUGGAGCAGUUGGACUCGAGAGCACUUCCCCUUUACCUCCACCAGAUAGCAGAGUCCUAUUUCCAGGAGGAGGACUAUGAGAAAGCAAUGAAAUUCAUCCAGCUUGAACGACUGUAUCAUGAACGAUUGCUUGCCAAUCUUUCUGCUAUUCAAGAACAAUGGGAAACAAAAUGGAAAACUGUACAGCCACAUGCAGCCACGUCUCCAAGGAAUUCAGAAAAGGGAUUUAAUGGUGAAGAUUUUGAACGGCUUUCCAAAUUUUGCGCAACACAUCCAGAUCCUCUUUUAUCCAACUCUAAGACAGCAGCUGCGGAGACGGCCCUGGGGAGGGAGAGCUUUGCGCAGUCAGCGGUGUCGGAGGGUCCCCGGGGAACCGGAGCUGCAGCCGAGGAGCCGGAGCGCGGAACUUGCCCUGGCAUGGAGCCAAGCGGAGAGAGCCAGCGGAGGGAGGAGACCCCGGGGAGCGGGCCGGGCUGCGGCCAGACGGCCAGGCGGGUGGCUCCGCCGCGCCCUCCGGCAGCUGCGGGCCAGGACCGCGCCGAGGAGGAGCCGCCGGGCAGCGCCGCCGCCGCCGCCGCCGCCCCGGAGCUCCCCGCCCCGGCCUCCCAGGCAGCCGGCACGCCCGGGCCGCUCGCCCCCGAGAGCGCAGGGGAGGAUGGCCGCCGCCCGCAGCCGGCUCCCCUGGAGGCCCGCGGAGCUGAAGACCCCGCGGCGCCCCCCUCCAGCGAGGCAGUGACGGGGCCGGAGCAGGCACCCCCUGCACCUGGGGCUCACCCUGCACCUGGGGCUCACCCUGCACAGGCUCCCAGGAGGGACCUCCAGUUGCCACUGCCAGAUGCUUCCGCAGACCCCCCUGCGCACCGGGAGCUGAAGGAGCCGCCGCCGCAGCCCGAGGGGCGUCUGGCCCCCGAGGGGCGGGGCGACCCGGACCCGGACCCGCGGGUCAGCCGGGAGGCGGAGGACUACCUGAGCAGCCUCCUGGCGGGGUGCCUGCGGGGCGCCGAGGACUCCCCCUCCGGCGAGGAGGACGACCCCGACCUCCUUCCGGACCUGUCCCCCGACGAGGCCUCCUACAGCCUCCAGGACGACCCGCCCUCCCCCUCCGACGGCAGCCUGUCGCUGGAUGACCUGGCGAGAAGGAUCGAGGUCGCGGAGGUUGCUCCUGCUGCGGGACUGGUCUCCAUAUUAAAGAAGAGGAACGACGCCGUGGGCGACCACCCUGCCCCGAUGCAGCAGAAGCCGCCCAAGCGGAGGGUGCGGUUCCAGGAGAUGGACGAUAACCUGGACCAGGAUGACGCUGGGAGUGGCUCCUGCAUCUUACUGGUCUUGCUGUGCGUCGCCACGGUUCUGCUCAGCGUGGGAGGAACCGCCCUGUACUGCGCUUUCGGGGACCUGGAGUCGCCCGUGUGCACGGACUUCGCCGACAACGUGGACUUCUACUACACGAAGCUGCUGCGGGGCGUGGCGGAGCUGAAGCACUGGGUCCGCCUCUCCUAGCGCAGCAGCGGCCGCACCGCACCGCACCGGGCAGCGAGGGCCGCGGGGAACUCACUCUCUAGGCGGCUCUGAUUUGGGGGGUUGUGUACCGCGCCCCGCCCCGUGAGGAGCCGUGGACGUCAGCAACAGCAGCUUCAGCAGGAGGCCCAGGGGGACUGGCACCAUCGCGCAGGGAGCAGCGGGGACCUGCGCGUCGUGGGGGCAGGAAUGGCCUGGCCAGCCUCCUCCCGGCCGCCUCCGCGGGCCGCCGCGCUGCGUUAAACGGGAGUGUUGCAGCCACGCGUCCUUAGCUUCUUGUCAAGCGGACACUUAAUGACACUUGGUUUCCACUAGUUGGUCCAAAGACGUCGCUUCCAGCCAUCACGCAAUAAGUGUGGGUGUGAUCGAGGAGGUACCGAUGUGUCCAUGUCUCUUUUCAGUUGGCCUGGAGCGCUGUGUAAGCGAGGCUUUGCGCGUCAUUUACACGUUCUGGUCUCCGUUUGUGGAAUGGUUGGGUGCACAUGCGUGGGUGCGUGGGUGCGUGCAUGUGUUUCAGUUAGUCAUGAGCAAAUACCCAACGCAAAAUAACAAAAAAAUGACCUUUAUUCUUUUAACUUGACUAUAGAUGUGCAGGCACAAAUCUUUAGAGCAGGUUUCACUGUGGAACCGAGGAGAUGUAGAGAUGUUGGCCCUGGAAGGAGGCGCUGUGACAGAUCUGCAGCGAUUGAUUAACAAGCCAGGAAUUAACUACAGAGCUGGAGGUGACGUUCAAGAGCUCCCUGAGUCUCAGGCAGGCCGUUUCAGCAUGCAUUCGAGGCCUGGUGGAGCAUGAUGAAUGCUGGACUCAAUUCAGCAAACGCUUACUGAGCACCUCUUAGGUUCGGAGUCUAGGAGCUGAAAUACAAAGAUAAUGAGAUACCAGUUCCUGCCCUAGAGGUUUUCACUCUGGCCUGGUGUUAAAAAGAUACUUUGGCAAAUGAAAGUAACUCACCAUACAACUCAGUGUCAGCAGGUCGUGCAUUCAGAGGUUUGAACGUGCAUUCAUGUCACAGGCU